UCUGCUCCUGCACAGUUCUCUUAGUUAGUCGCCCGUUACCAAAACACCUCGCAAAAUCAAGGACGUCCAUUAAAAAGGGCUGUUUCUUGUGAUUGUGAAACAUUACGCAGCUUUCUUUCAGACUGGUAAUAUAUCCGGAUUAGUCUUUGUACACUAUGGGGAACCACUCUUCACUGUUGUUGAGGGAGGAAGAAAUUGAAACUAUUCAGCAAGAGACUGGCUUCACACCCAACCAGAUUGAACGUCUCUACAGCAGAUUCACCAGCCUUGAUAAGGGCGACAAUGGAUUUUUGUGCAGGGAAGAUUUCCACCGAAUCCCAGAGUUAGCCAUCAAUCCUUUAGGUGACCGAAUUGUCAAUGCCUUCUUCUGCGAGUCUGGUUCAGAAGACCAAUUGAAUUUCAGGCAAUUCAUGAAGGUGUUGGCCCACUUCCGACCAGUGAAGAAAGACAAGGAAAACAAGCUGAAUUCUAGGGAAGGCAAGCUCAGGUUUGCCUUUCAAAUGUACGACACGGACAACGACGAGCAAAUUUCCAAGGAAGAAUUGCUGGGUGUUCUUCAAAUGAUGGUUGGAGACAACAUCAGUGAGGAACAGCUGGUUAGCAUCGCGGAAAGGACUAUUGUCGAGGCCGAUAAGGAUGGUGACCAAAUGAUUUCAUUCCAGGAGUUCUGCACCGCUCUGGAACGAACGGAUGUGGAGCAGAAAAUGUCCAUCCGCUUUUUGAAUUGACACAAAUAAUCUCCAAAAAUCUUUUUGUCCACACUCUACUCCCUCGAAAAAAGAAAAAAAAACCAAUUACAGUGAACAUUUGUACACAAACACACAAAAACAUUUACUCUCUCUUUUUUCUUUCUUCUAGAUUUAGUUGCCAAUUAUUUAGGGUGCCCCGUAUGCACAACAAUACAUACAGAAUAUCGUUUUAGAAUAUUUUUCCGGGUGUUAGCGUAUAUACUAUGUUUUUUUGGUGGCGGGGGUGAAUUCCUGAUUGGCAGUUUCUUAAUAAACUCUAACGGUAGAAAAAAAAA